ACGCAGACCAUUCACAGGACCUGGACCGCGCUGGAAUGGAUAGCAUCCGUCUCGGGAGGGGGAAGGAGAGAGGCAAAAGUGCUCAGGGAACCCAGUCCCACCGAAGCAAGAUUCCUUGUAAGUUGGAACUAUGCACAUCACACCCGAUGGAAGAUGAUGCUACGACCCCGUCUCCUCCGAAGCCACUGAUCACUUCGGCCGACCCCGGGACGACUAUUCAUGGUUGAUGUCACGAUUGGUUUAUCAAUUAUCCCGACGGCAUCAUAGAAGAUUCUCUGAUGAAAACUUAAAAAGUCGCCGCCGGCGCCGCUGCGAUGCAAUAGGUUUGUAGCAGUGGGGAGAGGAGAAGAUGGAUCGGCGAAACCUAACGCGAGCAGCAAGCAGCUUGGGGAUAUCGGAUGUGGCGCUGAGCCUGGUGAUGGGGUACGUGGACGACCCCCGGGACCGAGCGGCCGCCUCGUUGGUGUGCCGCAAGUGGUGCGGCGUCGACGGCGCCACCAGGAAGCGCGUGACCGUCGCCUUCUGCUACUCCGCCACCCCCGACCGCCUCCGCCGGCGAUUCCCCUGCCUCGAGUCCCUCAAGAUCAAGGCCAAGCCCCGCGCCGCCAUGUUCGACCUCAUCCCCGACGACUGGGGGGGCUACGCCGCGCCCUGGAUCGCCGACAUCGCCCGCUCCUUCGAAUGCCUCACCGCCCUCCACCUGCGCCGCAUGGUCGUCACCGAUGCUGAUCUCGCCCUCCUCGUCCGGGGGAGGGGUCCCUUGCUCCUCUCGUUCAAGCUCGAUAGGUGCUCCGGCUUCUCCACCGAUGCCCUCGCCCUCGUCGCCCGAUCUUGCAGGCGCCUUAGGACCUUCUUCUUAGAAGACAGCUCGAUUGCCGAGAAGGGUUCUGAAUGGCUCCGGGAGCUCGCUCUCAACAAUGCCGUCCUCGAGUCUCUAAAUUUUUAUUUGACCGAGCUCAGUAGCUCGCCACAAGACCUCGUCCUACUCGCUAGAAACUGCCGAUCCUUGGCGUCUUUGAAGAUCGGCGAAUGUGAUGUUUCUGAUCUGGUGGAGUUUUUCCGUAUAGCCACGGCACUGCAAGAGUUUUGUGGGGGAGUAUUUGAUGCCCCUGCAGGCUCAGCUGAUAGGUACAAGAACUUCCGUUUUCCAACUUCGCUGCGCUCCCUGGGUCUGAUCUACAUGGGAACGAAUGAGGUGCACACCGUACUUCCAUGUGCCGGCGCACUCAGCAAGUUAGAUCUUCAGUACACGUUCCUCAGCACCGAGGAUCAUUGCCAGCUGAUUCAACGAUGCCCCAAUCUAGAAAUUCUAGAGGUCAGGGACGUGAUCGGGGACAGAGGGCUAGAAGUCGUCUCCCGCACCUGCAAGAGAUUGCGAAGACUCAGAGUAGAAAGAGGGGAUGAUGAGCAAGGAGGACUCGAGGAUGAACAGGGCAGGGUUUCACAUCAAGGGUUGACGGCAAUAUCUCGGGGCUGCCCUGAGCUGCAAUACCUAGCAAUACAUGUCUCUGACAUCACCAAUGCGGCUCUCGAAUCGGUCGGCACUUGCAGCAGAAAUCUCUCUGAUUUCCGACUUGUCUUGCUUGACAGAGAAGAGAAUAUUACAGAAUUGCCCCUUGACAACGGAGUCCGCGCCAUGUUGAGUGGCUGCUUUAAGCUGAGGAGGUUCGCACUUUACCUCAGACCCGGAGGGCUUUCGGAUGUCGGUCUUGGUUAUAUUGGGGAGUACAGUGCUAACAUCCGGUAUAUGUUGCUGGGUAAAGUUGGGGAGUCUGAUCUCGGGCUAGAAAUGUUUUCAAGGGGUUGCCCUAACUUGCAGAAGCUGGAACUGAGGGGCUGCUGCUUUAGCGAGCGUGCUUUGGCUCUCGCGGUAAUAGAGCUUUCAGCAUUGAAAUAUUUAUGGGUUCAUGGAUACAGCGCAUCUCCAGACGGCAGGGAACUUAUGGCCAUGGCACGACCAUUCUGGAACAUUGAGUUUAUUCCUCCUAUAAUUGUUAGUAAUGCGGCUGACGAUAGGGGAGCCGGUGCAGAGAAUCGGGCUCAGAUACUUGCGUACCGUUCCCUUGCUGGUAAGAGGAUGGAUUGCCCAGAAUCUGUAAUUCAUUUGCAUCCAACCUGAAGGGCACAUAUUGUACCUUCUUGUUAGUUUCCUCUCAUCACCUGUGUUGACUCUUAGUCAUUGAGAUCGUUAGGUGUAAUUAUGUCUUGUUUUUAUGUCAACACUAGUUUGAUCACCGAUUAUUAUUUACUAUUCAGGAGAGACACCUGAACAAGUCACAUUUCUCAAGUCAUUGCACAUUUCCUUCAGUAUCAUUGGACAUAUUUUUGAUCUUUACUGCUGAUCGUUAUGAUCAUUAUGGAGUGCCAUCACCGCAUCUGUAUCAUCCUCGAUGCUAAUGAGUUCUUCGCAGUGUUUUAUUGCUAGUGCGUUCUUCAAAA